AUAAUAAUGAAACUGUUCUAAAUAAUGAAGUAUUUAUAUUAAUUACAAUUCAUUAGUAAUAAGUAAUAAAUACAAAAUGAAUGAAGUAGAAAAGCUUGAGCAUUUGUCUCUCGUUUCGAAAGUGUGCACAGAAUUAGAGAAUCAUUUAGGUUUAAAUGAUAAAGAUUUGGCUGAAUUUAUAAUUCAUUUAUCAGAAGAAAACAACACAUUUGAAUCUUUCAAAAAAGUUUUAAUAGAAAAUGAAGCAGAAUUUUCGGAUUCUUUUAUUGCAAAUUUAUUACGAAUUAUACAACAUAUGCGACCAGUAAAGAAUAAGAAAACUAACGAAGAUGAUUUUGAUGCUAUUAUCGAGAAAGAUGAUUUGGCCAAAAAAUUCCCAGGAUUAGCGAUACCUAACGAUUUACAAAAAAAUAUAAUUGAGAAAUUUAAUAGCUCAGACGAAGAAGAUACAUCGGAUAUUAAAAAUAAUAAGAAAAACAUUACAAAAGAUGAUGUUAAAGAUACGAAAAAGGAUCUGAAACAAGAUGAUUCCGCCAUUGUCGAUGAUGCAAUGGCUGAAUUAGAAGCAUUUGCACCAUCCGCAGCUAAAUUAAAAGAAGUUGAAAAAAAACGAAGUAGAAGUCCUAGUCCAAGUAGAAGUCGCAACAGAAGUCAUAGUCGAGAUAGAAAUCGAAGAGAUCGUAGUCGAGAUAAGAAUCGUAAGGAUAGAAGUCGAAGAGAUCGAAAUUGUCGAAGUAGGGAUCGUAAUAACCGUUCAAAAAGUCGUAGCAGAGAACGUAGACAUCGUUCAAAAAGCCGAAGUAGGGACCGUAGAAAUCAUUCAAGAAGUCGAAGUAGAGAUAGAUCAGAUCGUCGAAAAGUAUACAGUCCAGAUCAAAGUAAAAGCAAACAUGGUAAAAGACGCAGGUCACCUGAUUUGAAACGUCGCGAUAAAUCUAGACGCUCGUCCGUGGAUAAGUAUUCUAGAAAAGAUCGUGAUGCCAGUGGGGAUCGUAAAACAAAGCGAGAAAGUCCAGAAUUAGACGAAGAUCCUGAACCAGGUAAAAUUUACACUGGUAAAGUGGCAAACAUUGUUCCAUUUGGAUGUUUCGUACAGAUUGAGGGUCUACGAAGACGUACUGAAGGUUUAGUACAUAUUUCACAAUUACGUGCAGAAGGACGAGUUAUAAACGUUUCUGAUGUUGUGUCUCGUGGUAUGAAGGUUAAAGUGAAAAUUAUCUCAGUAGCAGGCCAGAAAGUUUCUUUAUCAAUGAAAGAUGUAUGUCAAGAAACAGGCCGUGAUUUGAAUCCUGCUUCACACGCACAUUUGCGAGUUGCAGAUGAAAAUAUUGGCAGAAAUCCUGAUCGCCCACAAGGAUCUACCGCUUCCAUGCUACGAUUACCAGGUCCAAUCGACGAUGAUGAUGAAGAUGUAUCUAGGAAACGAGUUAAUCGUAUUUCUAGUCCUGAACGUUGGGAAAUUAAACAGAUGAUUUCUUCUGGUUGUAUAGAUAAAAGUGAGUUGCCCGAUUUUGACGAAGAAACUGGUUUAUUACCAAAAGAAGAAGAUGGGGAAGCUGAUAUCGAAAUUGAAAUGGUAGAAGAUGAGCCACCAUUUUUACACGGACAUGGAAGAGCAUUGCACGAUCUUAGUCCUGUAAGAAUUGUUAAAAAUCCAGAUGGAUCUUUGGCACAAGCUGCAAUGAUGCAAUCAGCCUUAGCUAAGGAACGAAGAGAACAAAAAAUGUUACAACGGGAGCAAGAAAUGGAUUCAAUGCCAACAGGACUGAAUAAAAAUUGGAUUGAUCCUCUGCCUGAAGCCGACAGCCGUACUUUAGCAGCAAAUAUGCGAGGUAUUGGAAUGCAAACUCAAGAUCUUCCAGAAUGGAAAAAACAUGUAAUUGGUGGUAAAAAAUCAUCAUUUGGAAAGAAAACAAAUCUUUCACUUCUUGAACAACGGCAAUCGUUGCCCAUUUAUAAAUUACGUGAUGAAUUAACAAAAGCUGUAACCGAUAAUCAAAUUUUAAUUGUUAUUGGUGAAACUGGAUCAGGUAAAACAACACAAAUUACACAGUAUUUAGCCGAAUUUGGUUUUACGGCACGUGGAAAAAUUGGUUGUACACAACCACGUCGUGUUGCUGCAAUGUCUGUAGCUAUACGUGUUGCUGAAGAAUUUGGUUGUCGUUUAGGACAAGAAGUUGGAUAUACUAUACGUUUUGAAGAUUGUACAAGCCCUGAAACAGUUAUCAAGUACAUGACAGAUGGUAUGUUACUUCGAGAAUGUCUUAUGGAUUUGGAUUUAAAAGCUUAUUCAGUAAUUAUGUUGGACGAGGCUCAUGAAAGAACAAUUAAUACUGAUGUGUUAUUUGGUUUACUUAAACAAGCUGUACAAAAAAGACCCGAAUUAAAAAUAAUUGUAACAUCUGCCACAUUAGACGCUGUAAAAUUCUCUCAAUAUUUCUUCGAAGCACCUAUAUUUACAAUACCUGGUCGUACAUUCCCCGUUGAAGUAUUAUAUACAAAAGAACCAGAAACUGAUUAUUUGGAUGCAAGUUUAAUCACUGUCAUGCAAAUUCAUUUACGGGAACCUCCAGGAGAUAUUCUAUUAUUUUUAACGGGUCAAGAAGAAAUUGAUACGGCAUGUGAAAUUUUAUAUGAACGUAUGAAAUCAUUAGGACCUGAUGUACCUGAAUUAAUUAUUUUACCUGUUUAUUCUGCAUUGCCAUCUGAAAUGCAAACGCGUAUUUUUGAACCAGCACCACCUGGCAGUCGUAAAGUUGUUAUUGCCACAAAUAUUGCUGAAACCUCGUUAACAAUUGAUGGUAUUUACUAUGUGGUUGAUCCUGGUUUUGUUAAGCAAAAAGUUUAUAAUUCAAAAACUGGUAUGGAUUCUUUGGUCGUUACACCAAUUUCUCAGGCUCAAGCUAAACAGAGAGCGGGAAGAGCUGGUCGAACAGGGCCUGGCAAAUGUUACAGAUUAUACACGGAACGUGCUUAUCGAGAUGAAAUGUUACCAACACCUGUUCCUGAAAUUCAAAGAACUAAUCUUGCAACAACGGUUUUACAGUUAAAGACUAUGGGUAUUAAUGAUUUACUUCAUUUUGAUUUUAUGGAUGCUCCGCCAGUGGAAUCAUUAAUUAUGGCAUUGGAACAAUUACAUUCAUUGUCUGCCUUGGAUAAUGAAGGCUUAUUAACUCGACUUGGAAGGAGGAUGGCAGAAUUUCCUUUAGAACCAAAUUUAUCAAAAAUGCUGAUAAUGUCUGUGGCACUUCAAUGUUCUGAUGAAAUAUUAACAAUAGUCAGUAUGUUGUCCGUUCAAAAUGUGUUUUAUCGACCGAAAGACAAACAAGCACUCGCCGAUCAGAAAAAAGCAAAAUUUAAUCAGGCCGAAGGUGAUCAUUUAACAUUAUUAGCUGUGUACAAUAGUUGGCGAAAUAAUAAAUUCUCAAAUGCAUGGUGUUAUGAAAAUUUUGUACAAAUACGAACAUUAAAACGUGCUCAAGAUGUUCGAAAACAAUUAUUGGGUAUCAUGGAUCGUCAUAAAUUAGAUGUAGUAUCGGCUGAAAAAAAUACAGUACGCGUACAAAAAGCUGUAUGCUCAGGAUUCUUUCGUAACGCAGCAAAAAAAGAUCCGCAAGAAGGAUAUCGUACAUUGGUUGAUAGUCAAGUUGUGUAUAUUCAUCCUAGUAGUGCUCUAUUUAAUCGACAACCCGAAUGGGUUAUUUAUCAUGAAUUGGUACAAACUACAAAAGAAUACAUGCGUGAAGUAACAACAAUUGAUCCAAAAUGGUUAGUUGAAUUUGCUCCAGCAUUCUUUAAAUUCUCAGAUCCAACAAAACUUAGUAAAUUUAAGAAAAAUCAACGAUUGGAACCAUUGUAUAAUAAAUAUGAAGAACCAAACGCAUGGCGUAUAUCUCGAGUACGGCGGAGACGGAAUUAAAUUAUUUUUUUAUGUUAUGUGUA